UCACGGUGCCCAGGUUCCAAGCCCAUUCCACCCUCUGUGGCAGUUACUCUCGCAAAACUGAAACAUUGUCCUCUUCUUGAAAAUGAAGUGGAAUCUCCUCUGACGAAGGCGGUUCGUGUGACAGCUGCUCUGGUCCUCAGAAACCUGUGUCGAAUGGCUCCCUCCACUCACUGUCAGAUAAGGAGACAUGAACACAAACUAAGUGAAGUGGCUCUGUCUGACAGAGAAGCUGCUCACGCUAUUACAGAGUGUCUCACCUGUUUAAACCUCUCCUCCUCCCUCUCUCGCUGCUAACCCUCAUAAUAACACUGUCACACAUCAUCAGUUGACUGAAUACUCAUACAGCUCUCCCUAAUGAUUGUAUUAUACAUUUCAUCAGUCUUUCAACCUCAGAGAAAGCUGCA